AUAACAGGAAUAGGAAACGCAUUUUUUAUCUGAGUCUCAAUUCUUUAUAAUAGAAUUUAGAAAAUAUAAAUGGUUCUUUUAAAUAUUCUUAACUUAUUUACGGUUCGUAAUUAUUAAACUUGUGUCGUGAAAAAUGUUAUAAUGGCCACUUUUGAAAAUAGGUUGAGUCGUAGAAAAGGUAAACAUGGUGGCAAUACGUAUAGGUUAGACACUAAAAAUAAAACACCUGAAGAGAAUAUAACAGAAAUAAUACAAGGUCUGUAUUCAAAAAAAUCGUUUCACAAUGAUACAUCACCCACCAACAAAAAUUUGCCUUCAGACUUUAGACUGGGUAGACUUACACAGAAAAGUAGUUCUGACAGUUAUAGGUGGUCCUAUCUAGACGCAUUAGUCACCUUACUUAAUAAGGAAGACAGAAGUAAACUCGGUUUUACUUCUGAUGAGUUGAUGACAUGCAUCAGAAUAAGUCUUGUUGAUGAAUCUAUGGUCAUAAGAGCUGCUGCACUAAGAGUAUUACGAUACUUAAUUAAAACAGAAAGUGAUGUUGCUACCUUUAAUACUUUGAAACUGCCAUAUCUAGUUAUCAGAUCUAUGGACUUAAUGCUUCACAAUGAAGAGGAGCGUGCACAAGCAUUAAAAGUGGUGAGACGUGUCAUUGCUGUUGUCGGUGCAAUUGAGCAAGGGCAAAGGCGUUAUCGUUCAGCAUAUAUAGACCAGGGUCUUUUACGUUGUCUUGCAGCUGUUGCUCGAGCAGGUAGCGCUGGAGAUGGAAGCAGCAACAGAUUAUCAAGACCUGCUAUUGCCACUCUAGCUGAAAUAUGUGUUUUAAAUCCAGAUCUGUUUAUAUCAUGUGGAGGAGUAACUGCAGUAACAAGACAACUUGCAGAAUGUGCUACACCACGUAUGGCAGAGGCUUUAUGUGGUGUCUUAUUGCAUACACUCAAUGAUCCCAAGUCACGCAGUGCUGCUAGAAUUGAUUUAACAUGUCUCAAUUCACCCUACUGUGAUUUUCAAUAUAAACCAGCAGGAACUGAUACCAGCAGAGACGAGCGCGAGAUGCGGUUCACAUGCAGCCGACUGGCGCUGCUGUGCGUGCUGCGCAGCUGGCCCGGCCUGCUGCACUUCUGCCACCCACGUAGCGCCGGUGGCCUGCGCGCAUUAGUCGCCGCGCUAUACUUGCCGCGGCUAGAGGUCCGAAAAGCAAUAUUGGACUUGCUAUAUGAAUUAGUUGGACUGCCACAACCAGAUUGGACCGAUGAAAUUUCUGUAGCAUUGGAUGCCGUUGAUCCGUCUGAUUUUCAAGAUUCGUGGCGAUUGAAUGAAGGCUUUGUAGCAGCCGAAGGUACUGCCAUUUUACCUCACCUCGGCGCUACCGGCCCCGACAUAAUCGAAAAUCAUCUUGCAUUGUUGUUGCAGUGCUUCUUAGAGGCUGGCCUCCUAGAUGGAUUGGCGGAAGUGAUAGUAACAAGUGACACAUUCAUAUCGGUCAGGGCGACCGUGCUCCUCGGUCAACUGUUGCAUCUGAUACAUCUCUUUCUACCUCCUCAAAUAUGCAGCGUAACACCGGCGCUGCCGUCACUGAUCUCGCAGGCGUCGGCCGGCAAGCCACAGGCGCUGGCGGCGGUGGCCGCGCUGUGCCGUCUGCACGCCACGCUCGAGGCGCGACCCGCCAGCAACAGUCUGUUCCUCGACCACAUCGUGCAGUACUGCAGCGGCGCCUUCCGGACUAAGGUGGAAGACUUCUCCAAGAGCCGGAAGGAGAGAGACAACGCCGACAUGGCCAAACCGAAGUGCAACCGGGACUCGUCGCACGACGAGAACGGCGAGUAUCAGAACGAAUCUGACGUGGAGACGGAGCCCAAGCAGCGGCACAGCGUGGGCUCGCGCGCCGACGUGGCCGCGCGCAACGUGAGCGCGCUCGUCAAGAGCAAGAGCGUCAGCUCGCGCACCACGGCCGCCGUCAGCAAGGUCACUAAGUCGGCGAAGUUCUUCAGCCUCUUCGAGCGCGACUGUGACAGCUUGCUCAGGUCUUCCUUCGUGAUGCAGAACAAGGAUGGUAAUACCUGGAAUUGGGAAGUGAUACGAACCAUAUUAAAGGAAACAGAUGGCACGCCUUUAUUGAAUUUGAGUGAUAGUGGACAUAAAGCAUGGGCCAGUCGCAUUAUAAAUUAUUUAAAACCUUCUUCAAACAAGUACUCUCAUACAGACCUAUCGACAAUCGGUAAUGGACAUUCAGCAACUCGCGCUGGUUGUCAAUUGAUUAGAAAGUUACUGCGUCACAAUGAUGCUGAUUCACAAAGACUAUUGGAAGACCUAUUUAACGACGUAAGUCGACAGAUUGAGGCGAUUGAAACUGGUCGUAAAGCUCACGAGUGUUUGUUCAGUCCACAACACAUGUGCAAUACAAUGUGUCAGAUGUACUUCUUGUUUAUAGGACAACUAUGUCAUUCGCAUUCUGGACUAAGACUUUUCAAGAAGACGAGACUUUAUGAACAUCUCCUUGAAUUAUCAACAAAAACUCAUCAUAGCUGUUACGUUAAGUUAGUGAUAUCGAGCUUAGAUUACACCUUGGAUUCAAGUCCACGAGAUAUUCUUGCCAAAACCCUAACAUGCAAUAUAUUGGCGUCGAGAUUGUACGCUACACAGUUCCUAAAUGUACUCCUACGAGCCUCGCGAAAAUCGAGGGAUUUAGUCAGAAAAAAAUCGAAGUUAAAAAAGAGUAUUGGACAGGAGCAAUGGAAGUUUUCUUCUAGAGAUGAAACGGAUACGAACGGACUUGAUAUGGACACUUGGAUUUUGCAAAUGUUAGUCGGUCAAGUCAAAGAUGAAUCUAAAACUGUUGUGAAAUGCGCUCUGACCAUCUUAGAAGAAGCCUAUAGUGUACCAAUCUUCUUCGAGAAGUUAAUGACAAUGAAGGAUUCCCUCGGGCAGAAUUGCCGGCUGGAUAAAACCGCCGAACCUUCAUCGUUAGAUUUCUCAGCUGUAGGUGACCGGGGCUAUCUGCUUUGGUUGGGACUCGAAGUGGCCGCCGCCGCGCAAAAUACUGACGCGUAUUCUAUCGCUUUCGUCAAAAAACAUCUGGAUUUUUGGAAUAAAUCGUACAAUUACAGAUACGUGCGGCUGGUGGAGGCGGGCGUGCACGAGGCGCUGGCGCUGUCGGAGGGCGGGCGGCGGCCGCGCGCGGCGCGUCGCACGGCGCGGCCGCCGCCGCACGUGCUGGGCGCGCUGGCCGCGCUCGCCGCGCUGGCGCCCGCCGCCGCCGCGCUGCUGGCCGCCUGUCUGCCGCACCACUACAAGAUUCUACUGAAAAAGAAAUGCGUGACUGAGCAGGAAAUUGUUGACUUAAAAGCGUCUCUGUGGGCGGUCGGAAACACGGCGGUGACUCCACAAGGCUUGCAGCAGCUGAUGAAUUUGAGCAACGGAUUUUUGGAAGACGCGGUGCCCGUGCACAUUGUGCGGUUGGCCAAGUACAGCCCCGUGUACUCGGUGCGAGCGACCGCCUUCUACGUCCUCGCACUUAUAGGAAGCACCUACGAUGGCGCAAAUUUGCUAGCCGAUUUGGGUUGGUUCUGUGUCAGACAUACCAGGCACGAUCAAUUUCCCGUUAUUCCGGACGAAAACUUCGUUCAAAUGAUGGAUCUUCAGGAUAAUGGUCAUGCUUUUAUCACUUCACCCGACCGACGAUUCUUUGACAUCGAUUUGAGUGAACAUUCCGAUCAUACCGAUCAGAGUACAGCGGAAAGCUUACACUCCGAUAUUACGAAGUUAAACAGAACCAUAGGGUCGAUAUCCACCGAGCAAGACAAAGACCAAGAUGUGGUAGAUACUAAAAUAUAUAUUUUCGAGCGCCGUGAUGCCGAUAAGAGGAAGUCGCACACUCUCCCAACGCAAGGAUCUAGUUCACACGAACGUUCGCUAACAGAGUCUCGAACUGUGGAUAUUCUGAGAGACUGUUCGAGUUACGAACGCGGUCCUUACAGAUUGCACAUGGAAAACAAAUAUUCAAGGAAUUACUCCCUGGAUCACUCGCACGAAGGCCGGGAAAGACACACCAGUGAAUCUAGUACUAGUGGAGUGAGCAGUUGCGAUUCGUUCCUCGGAAAGUAUGUUAUCCCCGAGCGCGUGCCCAAGCUGAGCCCCAUCCCCAGCUCGUCCAGCCUGCACGGCGCGCGCAGCGCACACACGCAGCGCGCGCGCCCGCCCGACGUGCGGCGCCGCACCUCCACCUCUAGUUUUACAACACCAGAUGUUGCCAGUUCACCUCCUACUCAAAUGGACUUGAGAGGAUAUGCCACACUUCAAACUCUUAAUAGACAUCGAAGGCCGCAUCAUGUAUCAGAAAGCGAUGCAAUGAGUUCCAGCGAUGUCGACGUAUUGAGCUGGUUGCCCUACGACUCCAAUCAACGUGCGAAACCAUUUUCCUCGCUUCGAGAUAGAGCGAAGUCUAUACGAGAGAGGAUGACCAAACUAAGCCUGCUGGAGUACGACUGGCGGCCGCUGUGCGCGGGCGAGGGCGCGGCGCGGCCGGCGGCGACGCGCGCGCCCGCCCGCCCCGCGCCCGCCGCGCGCGCGCUCUACUACAUGGGCAUCUGCCUGCCCGCCACGCUGCACGACCUCUUCCCCGCCGACAACGAGGAAAAAGAAACAGAGGGUGACGAUGAUCAAUGUGGUAAUAGAGUGACAUCCUAUUUAGGAGAAUUUACGACUUUGGACAACCGACCACGCACGCCCGAUAACCAUAACUUUAGUUUUAAUAAGAGUACGAACGUUCGCACCACGACGCCGGUCGUCACGAACACGCCCGAGCCGAAGACUAGAGCUAUAGAGCAGCCGCCCGCGACGACGACGACCAAGCCGCUCCCCGGGCGCGACAAGUGCGCGGCGGGCGACGCGUCGUGGCGCCACGCGGCGGCGCACUGCCUCGCCUGCGUGCGCACGCGCCCGCCCUCCAGCCACGAGCUGCGGGAGGCCUUCUUCGCCGAGCCGGCGUACGCUGAAACGCACGUGUCGAGCGACGCGGGCAGUCCGCAGGCGCAGCUGCUGCGCCACGUGCUCUUUAUGUCUAACCCCAUACAUCUUAAGCAGGCACGUUCCGCGUUGCUGUCUCUCAAGCAAAGACAUCCUGAAGUGUUUCGUAGCCCGUGCGUGUACUCCGACGUGUGCGCCCUUCUGUCCAGAGACACGUACAUGUUGUACUCGCGGCGCAUUUUACAAGAACUGUUUCUAGACACGAACUUCGACUGCUUUUUCGACGAGCCAGCCGCUAUACUGUCGCGGCACAACAAUAUAACCUCUAUUUUACCACCGACUGUCGAAAUGACGCAAUAGUAUUCAUUAUUUAUCAUUAUAUUACGGUAAACCGGCAGAAGCAGCAAAAAAAUGUCGCGAAAAUGUUGAGUUAUUUAUUAUGAGAUUGUACGAGUAAGGUAUCUAUUGUUAAUAAUUAUCAUAUCUCUUAGAAUUUUAGGAUCGAAUAUCGAACCGUAUUUUUUCGUUUCGUUGCUGACUGUACGAUUAAUUGAAUUUAUUACAAGAAGUUGUUUAACAUGAUGAGCCUUUAUCUUGAGAGUUAAUAUGUGGGGUUAGUAUUAUUCAUUUAAAAACUUAUUUAGCUUUAUUCUGAAUUGUUUACAAUAUAAAAAUAUAAGAUCAACUAAACAUUCAAAAGAGCAGUAAAUUUAAAAAAUAACUAUAUUUCGAAUAAAAUGAAUUGAUUAACCGAGAGGUACCAGUCAUAAGUAAUAUGAAAUUCUUAAAUAUUUAAAUGUAUUUAUUUGAAAGAAUCUCAGCUUUGUUAUACUUCUGAUGUAUUGCUUUAUUUGUAUCGCCAUGCAAUCACUAUUAUUUAUUUACCAAUGCCGUGAUACAACAGUAAUAGACAUGACAUGAGUAAUAGAGCAUGCAUAUUAUCAAAUAACAUUAAAAUAAUGAACAUUAAUUAUGAACAUUCCCAAAAUUAUUAAAGUACUCCUCGAACUAUACUAAUAUAGCUGUAGGGUAAUAAUAGUCUAGUUUCACAUGAAUACAUAUGAAUAUUCACAGAUCCCUAUUUCAUAAAGACGUUGUAGUUGAAAAAUAGGGUAUCGAGCAUAAAUAUCUAAAUAAAAAAUUCAAAAAAAAAAAAAAUUAUUAUAUAAUGUACUUGAAGCUGUUGAAAAGUCGAUCGGUUUAAUGUAAUUUUUUUGCUGUUCCGCAAAACCAUGACAUGUAAGGAGUGUAAUCAUUAAUUUGUUACUUAUGUAUAUAUAGCCCAUUCCAAUGGCAGAAAUGUAGAGGCAAAUAAAUAUUACAUUUCAUAUUUCGUGUUAUUUGAUAAUAGCUUUGGUAUAUUAAGCACUACGAACAGUUGUUGAUUAAUAUAUAUUUAUUUAUAAUAUAGCACUUCCAUUCUACUACUUUGGCCAUUGGAGUAGGCUAUAGUGUCAUGUGUGUAGACCCUUCCCUAUCUGACUACCUCGUAUUUUAGAUAAAAACUAUGUGUGGUUAGCUCCUCGUAAUGUUUUAUUUGUAAUAAUGUUGUUUAGUUGCGUGACAAUUUGCGUUCGGAGUUAGUUUGAACUUUUAUUCGGUAAUGUGAAUUGAAAGGAAUUUGUUUGCUCUAUGAAAUUACCACACAAACAAGUUUUAAUAGUCGUAUUUUGUUCCUGUGAGUACAUAUAUAUACAUAUGUAGCACCCCUAUUUAUAUUUAAUUAAGAGAUUCUGUUUAUUUAUUAUAAACAGAAAUAUGUAGUUGCAGGCAUUCAUUUAUGUUUUUUUUUUUUAUUAUAAAAAAUUAUGCCAUUAUUUUUCACGUUCAGUCCAUUUUGUAAUGGAUAUCCAAUGCCCAUAACAAUAAAUUUCAAUAAUGUAAUGUCCGGUCGUUGAGAGAAUCCGCUCGUGAGUAUAAAUAAGUAUUGAAUAUAAGUAUAAGAUACGUGAUUGAAUGGACGAUGUAAUUUUGCAGUGACCAUGGAUUUAUGACAAAAGAAAUAGUAUCGUUUAUUUGUCCUACUAAUGCAAACGAUAUUAAAUUUACUGGUACUAGACUAUGUCAACUGUUUAUUUUUGUUGAUUAUCACCAGUCAUUACCAUAUGACGGGUGUCAGGAAUCUAAAUCUCCUAGCGGACGGACUUUAAUAGUUAUCACUUUACUUUAUGCUCUUCAUAUAUAUUUAUUUAUUUGCGUAAAGUUUACGUUAAGUACAUCGUUCAACUUACUAAAAGUUAGUUCGAUCUUAAAUUAUUUAGAAGUCAACCCUUUUUUUUAUUAUAUAUUUUUAAAAACUUAAUUAAUUGUUCUCUUGCAAUAGAUUGUGUAAACAACAUUUAACAACCAAGAAAAUAUUUUUUAUACCAAACCAUUAAAACAUUUCUAAACAGAAAAGUUAACCCUAAGUUUUUGUAUAUAUAAAUUUGUUUAGUUAUAUUUUGUGCAAAAUCUUUUAAAAUAGACUGUAUCAAAAUCUCAAUACACUAAGUAUGGCUCCAGUCUCCUAUUUUUAUAUAUAAUUAAUAUAUAUAUUAUUUCUGUUUGAUUGUACCACUGCCAAUGUUUGAAUUUAAGUUUUACUGCCCACAUAGAUAAGGUUUUUUUAAUAUAAAUAUACAAAAGUAGUUUCUCAUAUUAAUUGACGUGUGUUAGUUUAUAUAAAGACAAUUUAAAUUUAACUUUGACAAUUUGAUUUUCUAUUUACCUAAUUAUCAUAAAUAAAUUGAACAUCUAAAUUAUUAAAAUCUUGAUUAGAAUUUCCAAUAAAUAAUGAAUAUCAGCAAACAGUCAAAUUUUAGUUAAGUUUUUAUAUAACUUCUUAACAAAUAAGCUAUAGCAACUAAUAUAAUACUUUAUUUAUGCAACUAUCAAGUUAGUUUCACCUCUGCCUAUUCUAGUGAUGUAUCCCACCUAAAGUCUAAAAAUGACUCCAACAUAUUAUAUGCAAAUCGUAGUUAAUACACCGCUGUGUUCAAACAUUUCUUAUAUUCGCAUUUGACUUGCUUCAUUCGUUGUUUUAACUAAAAUAUAUACAGUUUAUGUUAUGAUGUUUCAAAUAAACGAUUGAAACGUGUAGGGUGUCACUUAUUUACAAAACAUAGUUGUUAAUAACUUGUUACUGUCUCAAUAUUAUAAUGUAUAGAUUAAGUAAUCUAUUCCUUUUAGAUGUAUUUGUUAAAUUAUGACUUUUUAUUUAAGGUUCUCAAAGAUAAACUACAGUAUUCCUAUAAACAUUUAGCCUAUCUUCUGUUGUAGUUAGACAUUUCGGCAUCUGCAUUUAUAUUAUAUAGUUUAAGGUGCUUAACGUGAAAUUUCCGUUAUUAAGGCUAGUCUAUAUAUCGAGGUAUAAGAUGCCGCGAUUAUUUUAAAGACGAUAGAAAAAGUUAUUAUCUGAGCGAGAUUGUCGAAAAGUUUCUAUAAAUAAAACCUUUUUUCAUUCAUAUUAUAUUUCCAAAACAUUGCUUAAUAUAAAAAAAAAAUAAACUGAAAUAUAGUGCCAUUGAGCCAGUUCCUUGAAUACUAAUUACAUUUUCAUUAUGUUUAACAUAUUGUAACAGAUAUUUCGCAUUAAUUAUAAAAUUGUAA